CUCUUGGGGUAUUGCCCUGGAGGGUGCGCAGCUAAUCACAAUAAGCCUUCGUCUCCCAAAGUUACCACUGUAAAUUGGUCAGCAGCUAUACGGAAAGAAGAAGAAAAAGAAGCAGCUCAAACUUCUUGCUCCUUGUUGUUCCUUACUUACGUUUCUCAUCUUCCCAAUCCCUAAAACCCUAAAUUACUACCCAGAAUCCCCUUUCCGUUUUCCUCAAUCACCUCUAACUGUUUCCAUUCCCAUUUCCGAUAUUCCCACAAAACUCGCCUUCUCUCUGCUUCCUUUAAUUCUUUUUAGCGCUUUUACAAACCUCUCCCUCACAGGACACAGCACGUAGGUUGCAGAUCCAUAAUGAAUUUCGGGUUUUCUCGCUCACAUCAAUCUGUGUUUAGCGUGUAAUUAGCUAAUUGGGAAUCAUGUCGAGGCCCAUGUUGCUUGUUUUUCUGCUGCUUAUACUCAUAAUCACUUCGCAGUUCGAGUGGAAGCAACAGCUAGUGGCCGAUGUUGACUCAAAUACCGCUCUAUCUCAAAAGCAGCAUCAGAUUACAAAGGGUGAAGAAACUGUAAAGGAGAAGAUCAUUUUAGUACAAGAAAAGAAUAUUCGAAGACUGAACGAGCUUGUGCGGCAUCUCCAGGAACAACUGCAGCAGUGUAGAGGAAGCAAUGGAACUACAAAUGGCACUGCAAGCCCUCUAGCAGAGCGGAUUCUGGAGUUCGAGCGACAACAGAUUUUAGAGGAUUAAACAAAAUGUGGCAAGUAUAUUCAUGGUGUUCGUCUUUCUGCCCCAUUUGUAAAGUUGUAUCUUAUAAUUCGUUGCAAGGGAAUGUUGUAAAAGAUUUGCUCCCUGUAUGAUUUGCGAUUUUGAACUCCAUCUCAAUGCGAUUUCCACAUAAUCUCAUUCAGUGGAAGGUGCAAAUUGUUUGAAUCAUGUGUUAACCGAUGAAUAACAAAAUAUGGCUUGGAUUACUAUGAUGA